AAUGAAACUUAGGGGGGUGUAUUGGAUUAGGAUUUCAUGACAUUUUUUUGGAUUUCUGAAAUCCGAGGGUAUUCGAUUGGGAUUUGAAAAAAUGCUUUAAAAUCUACAGGUAUUCGAUUGGGAUUCUUAAAAAUCAAUCAAAAUCUCGAGGUAUCCAAAUAUUCAUGGAUUUUAUUGCAUCGCUGAUUUUGAAGCAUUUGGAGAAGAUUUUAUAUGUAUAAUUUGCAUCAUCAAAUCAGGCAUCAGGAGCUUUCACUAUCUCUUCACUGGCUUUCUUCUCUACAGAUAGAGGGAGAACUUGAAAAGAAUUCGAUUUUCACCAAAUAGGCUCUCUGCUCUUAAAAAUCGAGGCUCUUGAUAAUGGAAAAUGAGAAAAUUCUGGAGAAUAAAAUUGACGAAGAAGAGAUGGAAGAAGAGAUGGACGAUGAAUUUUAUGAGACGGUUAAGUAUUUACUGAUGAUUAUUGAUGCAAUUUUGAAUGUCUUGAGAGAUUAUUUAAGCAUGAUACAUGAACCUAUCCACCGUUCUCUUACAAGACGGCCAGUAACGAGACUCGGGUAUCAUUUUGUUAAUAAUUUGAUGAAGGAAGAUCCACAUAAUUUUCGUGAAUUACACAGAAUGUAUCCUAAUAUCUUUCUCAAGCUGUGUAAUAUCAUAAGAGAAGGAGCUUCUUUGGAAGAUACAAGAUUUGUAUCUGUUGAAGAAAUGGUAGCUACCUUUCUACUAAUUGUGGGACACAAUGAUCGCUAUUGUAAUGUUAGGCAAAGAUUUAAUCGCUCACACUUUGCAACCAGUACAAAUUUUAAUAAAGUUCUGAAGGCUUUGAACACUAUAGCACCACAAUUGAUGGUAAAGCCUGGAGGUGUUUCUCCUAAAAUUUCAGAGAGUACAAGAUUUUAUCCUUAUUUUAAGGACUGUGUUGGUGCUGUUGAUGGAACUCAUAUCCCAGCUAUGGUACGAGGUCGGGAAGUAAGUAGCUACCGUAAUCGGCAUGGUUUUAAUUCUCAAAAUGUUUUAGCUGCUUGCAACUUUGAUUUGGAAUUCAUAUACGUGCUUAGUGGGUGGGAAGGUUCCGCACACGAUUCAAAAUUGUUAAAUGAUGCAUUAUCAAGAAGAAAUGGGCUUGAAGUUCCCCAAGGAAAAUAUUUUCUUGUAGAUUGUGGAUUUGCUAAUCGUCGUCAGUUUUUAGCUCCUCUGCGUGGUGUCCGAUAUCAUCUAAAAGAUUUUGAUGGCGAAGGCCGUCAUCCAAGAAAUGCAAAUGAGCUCUUUAAUCUUCGUCAUUCAUCUCUGAGAAAUGUGGUUGAGAGAAUUUUUGGUGUAUUCAAGUCAAGAUUCACGAUAUUUAAAGUUGCAGCUCCAUUUUCAUUUCAAACACAAGCAGAGUUGGUAUUAGCUUGUGCCGGAUUACAUAACUUUCUUCGAAAAGAAUGCCGCUCUGAUGAAUUUCCGGUUGAAAGUACAGAUGACCAAUUUUCAGACAUGGAUGAUCAUGUUUAUGAACCAAAUCUUUUAAGUCAACAACAACAACGGGAAGAAGCUAAUAACUGGAGAGCUACCAUUGCAAAUGCGAUGUGGAAUAAUAGACCAAGAAACACCACUACAAACGAGGAGGAGGAGGAAGGGAAUAAUGAGGAGGAAGGGGAUAAUGAGGAAGAGAAUGAUGAAGAACACAUGGACUUAUGAGUAACUUAGAUAUUUAUUCUCUUAUUAAAUAUUAUUUUUAAUAGCAUUUUCUAAUAUAAAUGGUUUUUUUAAAAAGACAAGUAUGUCUUUUUUAUAAUAAAAUAUUAUAUUUUAUAUUA